GCCUAAGAAAGAGCACAUCAUAGCAGCUCAAACAAGGGUAUAAGCUGCUAUCAUAUACAUAGCAGCUUAUACCCUUCCUCGACAACCUAGAGUUUUACCAGUCUUCGUCGCCCGUCCCACAUUGAGCCACCAUGAUCUCUUCAUUCGUUGCUGCUGCCAUUUCUCUGGCUUUCAGGGCCACCGGGAUGCCGUUGCCAUCAUCGGCUACUGCGGAAGGCCUGGACAUUUCGACGACGCUGCAAAACAUCCUUUCAAACACUCAUAACAGCGAUGCAUACACCUAUCCUACCGAUUUGACGAGGGGAAUAAUUCCUAAACCGAUUCACUCACACAACGAUUACUGGAGGGACAUCCCAUUCUACACGGCCUUGUCUGUAGGCUGCGUUUCAGUCGAAGCCGAUGUCUGGCUGUACAACGACACCUUAUACGUCGGGCACGAACAAUCCGCCCUCACUCCGGCGCGAACGUUCGACAGUCUGUACAUCCAGCCGAUCCUGGAUACCCUGCAUCGCGAAAAUCCAACCACGCAGUUCGUCAGCAAAGCAACCAAGAACGGCGUUUAUGACACUUCGUCGGGCACCACGCUCUUCCUGUUCGUGGACCUCAAGACCGAUGGUCCAACGACUUGGCCCGUCGUGGUCUCCCAGCUUCAACCGCUCCGUGAUGCAGGUUACUUGACCACAUUCAACGGCACGGGCAUCACCCCGGGUCCAGUGACGGUGAUCGGGACGGGGAACACGCCGUUGAACCAGGUCCAGCCCAUCCAAAACCGGGAUUACUUCUUCGAUGCCAACCUCGCGUUGCUGAGCACGACUCAGUCCAACAUUACAGCGUUUGUAAGUCCUGUUGCAUCAACACAGUUCAGCAAGUACUUCGGCACGAUCAACGGGACCACGUUCAAUGAUACUCAGAUCGCUACAUUGAGUCAGCACCUUGCCGUGGCCAAUGAGAAGGGAAUCCUGGGCCGAUACUGGGACACUCCUGCCUGGCCGAUUGCGACCAGAAACGCGGUCUGGUCGACGCUCAUCGAAGCAGGGGUUGGCUUGCUGAACGCAGAUGACCUACCGGAGGCGGCGGGCUAUGGCGGUGUCAAUGGAUACUGGUGAAAGGUUGGAUUUGGAAAUGGUCAAUGAGGAUCCAUUUGCGGAACAAGUCGAUUGAGCGAGAUCCCAUCAAAAGCCACAUAGAGACAUUCGAGAGAUACAUGAGAGUCGACCUGGAAUAAUAAAGGGGCCCGCCGUGCCUCACGGGUUGCACAUAAUAGAAUUAAAUAUCGUCUAAUGAACGAG